AUGGCGAACACGAGCGGAUUGCACGAGAAACUGGAAGGAAGAGAAAAUUUCGCUUCUUGGAAGUUUGCCAUGCAAACGUUACUGGAGAGUGAGGACCUAUGGGAUUUACGUGAAAUCGGAAUCGAUAUAAGCGAGGAAAUGGUAGGAGCUCUUCUUUUAUCCGGACUGCCUGAAUACAAACCCAAGAUCAUGGGCUUGGAAAACUCUGGAUUGGCCAUCACAGAAGAUACACUGAAAAUUAAACUGUUGCAAGAGGUAAAAAUGGUCAACGAAAUUAAAGAAGAAGCUGAAAAAACUGCAAUGUAUUCCAAAGCUAAACAAUUUGAGAAUCGGAAUAAGGACGUUCUUAGAACAUUUCUGGUACUUUUGUGCUAUCUGGGUGGGUGGUAUCUCGAUUCAUAUGCAACCUCGCACAUGUCCCAGAGAAGCGAUUGGAUGAGUAACAAAGAAACCUAUGAAGCAUCAGUUUUAACUGCAAAUAACGAGAAAGUAGAAGUACUUGGCAAAGGUAGCAUUGCAAUCAAGAAUGGGACGGACACUGAAGUGAUAAAGGUGGAAGACGACGCAGCGAAUAAGGUGGUAGCUAGAGGAUUGCGGGAAGGAGUUACCAGAUCCAGACAUUCGAUGAAAAAGCAAUGGUCGCUACGGAAGAUCAACUUGUGGCAUCGUAGGCUGGGACACCUCAAUCGUAAAGGCAUGUGUAUUCUCAAAUCAAAUAGCGAAACUGGUUUAGCCAAAAUGUCGGUAAGCGAGCAAUCCUAUAAGACAUGCGUAUUAGCUUUAGUAGAGAAACAAUCAGGGUGUGAAAUCAAAGCGUUGCGAACCGAUAAUGGUAAAGAAUAUGUAAACCAAGUAUUUGCGAACUUCAUGAAAUCCGAAGGUAUUAGACAUCAGACAACGAUAGCAUAUAAUCCGCAACAAAACGGAUUAGCGGAAAGAAUGAACAGGACAAUAGUAGAAAAAGCACGAACGAUGUUACUUGAAGCUAGAUUGGAUAAAAAAUAUUGGGCGGAAGCAACGUCUACUUCUGUAUAUUUAAUAAAUAGAUCCCCUAGUACACCGUUGAAUGGAAAAUCUCCUGAAGCAGUAUGGAGCGGAAGUCAACCUAAAUUAAAACAUUUGAGAGUAUUUGGGUGCGUUGUCGCAUAUACCGAAAGAAAAGAGGGAUAA